AUGACAAUGGGGGACGUGAUACGGAUAGCAUCUGAGUUGUCACUAACAACAUGUUCAAAAUUGGAAAAGGGCUACAAGUUGUUUGUGGAAAAAUAUGUGUUCAACUAUGAAGAUAAACCUGAAAUCUGGAGAGGUUCCUGUGAAGGUGAUGUCCACCAGUUGUUCCUGUGCUUCAGGAAAGAUUUUGUGCAACCAUCUGGUUGA